UGGCAGGCGUGGUCGGGCGUGUUGUGGGUGAGGAGGGUUGGCAAGCUUGGCCCAAUAUGGCGACGAGGGACGUGGGCAGCGACUCAUCCCUUGUUGCUAAUGGUCGUCUCCCGCCACCCUUGUGUUAGGUAGCCAUGGACAGCUGUGGCGGGUGUGGGUCAGGAGGUGAGGGAGACCAGCUCCCUCCCACUGCCCCCACACUGCCCCACACCUCCAGGGACAAGGACAGGACCAAGAAAUCCACUGAAAAAUUGCUCACAGCGGCUGGAGACCAGUGGAGCCAAGAAGAGAACAGUGAAGAGGCAUCAGGCCGCGUGGGCCUGCCACCCAUCACCAAUGGCGUUGGUGGAAGUGGAGUGAAUGGCCUGCACCUGGAGCAUGGCGGGACAGCCGGCCAAUCUCUGCUCAACAACAACCUAGUGGAGGAGAAGUGUAACCUGCGCCGUGCCGAUGACAAGACACUCUGCCUCUACCAUAAGUUCCCGGCCAAGGUGAACAACAACGUGUACUCUGAGGGAGGCGCCCCAGCCAGGGACGGCAUGGACGAGUACUUCCAGAGCCACCACAGCUCCCCGAGCCGGCCUUCUGCCCCUACCCCAGCCCGCCGCAACGGCCUGAGUCCCGGGCGGGAACAGCUGAACCUCCUCAACGGGGAGGAGGAAGAUGAGGACGAUGGCUGCAUCUACUCUUACAAGGGGGAGAGCCUGGAGGCCAACCUCUCCCACCUCAUCGACAUGUGCCUCAGCUGUGGGCUGCCCAACCCUGAGCGUGCUGCAGCACGCUCAGGGGCCCCAAGGGGUCCUGAGGGGCCUGCUCACAGCAACCUCUUCUCCCCUGAAAUGGACUUCCUGGAGAUGGACUUUGAUCCAGGGCCGGGUGGGGAUGGGGAGGCAGACUCAGACUGUGAAGACAACUGCCUGCACGAGUGUGAUAGUAGGUUAGGACGGGGUGGGGUGGCUGGACCCCCCAGCCCUGGGGUGGCCCAUAAGGCCAACAACUACUGCCCUGAGAUGCUGAGCCUCAUGUGCCGCCGCUGUGAAUCAAGCCUCUGUGAUGGCAAGAUUGAUAAUGUGGCCCCAAACCUCAGUGUGGCCCCGGCACCCGCGGCCCCACCCCUCAACAUUGGCCGGGGGCCGAGUGCCGGCCUGGACCACAGACCCGAGGGGUCGGGAGGAGGCCUCAAUCUGCCCAGAAGUGGUCUCAAUCUCCCACAGGACUUGAAUGUUGGGCUAAACCAGCUGUGUGGGAGGCAGGGGCCAGGUAGGAUAGGGUCAGGGGAGGAGGAGGAAGAGGAUGCCCCAGACAAUGAUAGUGUGGAGAACAACAUGCUGGACACAAUGGAUCACCUCAGUGACGAUGCCGAUGACGAGGAUGACAGCAACUCAGAGAAGUACGAACCACGGAGGCCAGCGGGGAGCAGGAUAUCUGGCGGGGGUGGCGGGCAGAGCAGGUGUUGGCGUGGCUCGCCCAGGGACUCGCUGGCAAGGACGCCCCACAAGGCAGCCAACAACAACCUGGGCUCUGUCUCUGCCCCGGAAGUGAGCCCUGCCAGGGAGUACAGUCCACUGGAGAAGUUUGGCCGCAGCCUCAGUUUCCACAACCAGCUUUCUAGCCCUAAGUAUGAGAAUGUGUGCUUUGCCCCACGGCCCCGACGGGAGGAGCGGCCUUCCCACCGCCCUGCUGAGGACCCUGUGCUGUCCCAGGCAGACUCUGCAAACAUAGCAGCCUGCUCAGGGAGGCUUCACCGCAGGGAAAACUCAGUCUUCAACAUCCUCUCUGACUCCACAGCCUCACAGAGUGGGAACUGCAGCCCCCAGGGACCAGGAAGCAGCAGUGUUGGUGAGAUGAAUGGAGGGCCAAUGGUUGGCCCCUCCAGUAGCACCACCACUACCACCACCACCUCUUCAGCAGCUAGUCAGACCACACCCUUGAGGCACAUAGGCCCUGUCACCCAACUGCUGAAGGCACCCCCAGACAAUGGAUCCUCCACCUCCUGUCCCAUGAAGGGUGGGGCCAACACGGAUCCUUGCCCCUUGCCAGUCAAGUCCCUGCGUCCCAAGAACACCAAUCCCUCGCAAGAUCCAAAUACGGCCAGUGAGGGUGAAGGAGGGAGUGAGGACAGCUGCCCACGGGUGAAAAAGGGUCAUGAUCUGGACGGAGCUUCAAGCAUCAGCCAGACAAGUCACACAAAUCGCUACCUCAGCCUGUGGAGCCACGGCCGUCAUCAAUGUGCUGAAAGCUUUCCACAGCUUGCCGUGGAUUAUGGUUUCUCUGUGGAGGAGGUGAAGAGCAGCAUCAAGACCCGGCUGAGGGCGGAGACAGCUCCUCUGGUGGACUACCUCCUGUCUCGCUCAGUGGCUGGCACAACUCACCAAGACCUCAUUCAAGGGGUGACUCAACUCUCACAAGGUGCUAUCAAAGCCAAGUUCUUCCAUAUGUUCCCCAAGCGAGCUGUCCAGCUGUCCCGGUGGCUGGCCCAGUGGAUCAGCAGAGGUGGUGUGCCAGUGGCUACACUCAACUUGCAAGUAGGAGUGGCCCCUGGCCAGACCAUACCUGAUGCUUGGCACCACCAGAUGAUCUUUGGAGUGGGGCCACAGGGUGUUUACCUCACCAAUCCAUUGGAGUGUGUUUCUGACUGCAUGCUUGGGGACCAGCUCUGCACGGACUCUGUGCUCCUCGUUCGACGAGCUGAUGUGGUGAACAGGUGGGGCAACGGAGACAAGUUGGUGAGACUCACACAGCAGGAGGACCCUCGGUGGAGGGACAUGAAUGUGCUAGGUCAAGUGGUGGGUGUACUGAAGGAACAGGCAGCCCCUCCCGUGGUGCAGGGCCGCCGCCACCUCACUUCCCAUGUGGCCAUCCCGGCAGCUUACAAGUCUGGUGUGACAAUAUUCAUGCGGUCUGAUAACCCGCACCUUCCUACCCUGAUGCAGGCAGAGGACCUUCCUCUGUUGGAGUGAUGCAGUGCUCACGCAGCUUCCUUCAUGUGAGUAGGCAACUUUGUCUUAGUAGUGGAAAACCUUGUUAUUCAAGAGCCAAGGUGGAGACCUUGCCGUUCACUGGACUGCUAAGUGACACACAAGACGCCUCUCCUUGGUGCAGUGAUCAGCUUUUGUGAUAGUUUGUCAUUCCUCUUGGAAUUGCAACGUACAUCUUAAAGAAAUUCCAGCUGGUUCAACUAACUUGCCCAUCUCCCCAGGUUUUUAUAUUUUUCCCAUGUAGAGAGUCAUAGGAGUUAUGUAAUGUUUGAUGUUAUUUGGUUUUAAGUAUGAGCUAAUUAAUACUUUCAUUGAACACUUGUUAAAGCUUUUCAAAAGAUGUUAAGACCUUUACAUUUUGAAACAGCAUCAUGUUGGACUAAAGUCAGAAGUAAACACCUUACAUCUGUCUUGAAAAUCUUGAACUUGGGACAAUAUAAGAUGGUUGUGAAAGCUUUCUGUAUUAAGGACAUACUGCCAGCAGCUUCAGCAGUGGCACUAUUGUAAUGAGGAAUGGUAGGAGUCAUCCUGAAUUAUUUUGUACUGCAGUUGCGUCAGCACUGCUUCACACUUGGCACUGUACAGAACUGGAGCUAUCUUGAGUUGUACAGGACAUGCAGACAAUAAUUUUUAUUUUAUUUUUUUCUCCCUAUUUAAUUGCUCUUUUUUGGGGGCAGUGUAUCAUAAUUUACAUACCUGUAAAUAUGAAGAUGCCAAAAUCAAAGUUUAUGUAUGUUAAGGUAUGAUUUGAGCUUUAUUUUGUUGCCAUAUCUUGCUGUUAUUUUAAAACAUUGGAUAUUUCUCUCUCUCUCUCUCUCUCUCUCUCUCUCUCUCUCUCUCUCUCUCUCUCUCUCUCUCUCUCUCUCUCUCUCUCUCUCUCUCUCUCUCUCUCUCUCUCUCUCUCUCUCUCUCUCUCUCAGCCCCUACCAAUCAUUGUUGGGCUGGGUACAGGAUACCCAGUCUUCGUUUUCUCAUUUGCCACCACAUCCUAACUCUCAUUUCAUUAUCAUUGUAAAACUCACACUAGGGGAAACUGCAACAAAUUAAUAAAAGGAAAGUCUGAAUAACUCCUGGGAAGCAAACCCCAUACCACAAGGUUACAGGUGCAAUGCUCUGACUGAAGGGGUGAAGAUGUCAUCACUAGUAGCUGCUCAGUUGAUAAGUUAAUGAGCCUCAUAUACAACCAUGUUUCUAUUCCAUUCAUACUGUGUACAUACAGCCACAGUGGAUUCACUCAUAAACUCAAGAAAUACUCUAAAUGCAUGUCACUUGCAAUUGAUUAGCUUGACCAGGACCAGCCAAGCAAAGCAAGGCAAACCAUCUCUGCACUUUGGGUCAUAUAUGUUAGUAAAUAGGUUCAUUUUAUAACAUUUAGCAUUUCAUAUCUACCAGUGCUCUUUUAAGCAGUUCAGUCUCAUGUUUUAACUUCUCACUGCAUAUACAACAUACAAUUGUGUAAGGGAAGUCUUCAGUUAAAAAAGGAUACUUGUCACCUAUAGAACUUCCACUGACAUAUGUAAGACUCAGAGAUAAUUGAAGAUGCACAUUGAAUUCAGUGUUGCAGUCUUUGUAAAUAAUCCACAGUGACUGUAUGUGUACUGGGACGCUACAUUUAAGGACAUUUGCCAACUGUUCAUCUGAUGAAUAUUCAAAAUGUUUAAAUUUUCCAGGUCCUCAUUACAAUGUUACUUUCAGCCAGCUUUCAGGUAUUUCAGAUAAUGCAGUUACCUAAUUUCCUGAGGUGUACCCUGAAGCCCCAGUGACUGGUUCAGUUUGUAAGAGGCACUGUUGGUUAUAGCACAUAUGGUGUGGUUGUAAUAGAGCUAACCAGACAAAAUAAUGUAUUUACUGUUAAAUCUUCAGAUGUGUUAAUGAGGCAUUUUUUAAAGGCCACACCUUUCAAGAUUUAAGUGUUUCAGAAGCUUACUUUUGGAUUUUGUAAAGCAUGUGAAGGUAAAGCACAUUUAAAAUAAUGAUAACAAAUAUUUUGAAGUGUAGAAUUCCUUACUUGCAUUAUUCUACACUAUCUCAUGUAAAUCAAACUGUUAUUAAUGAACCAGUUUCUGCAGCAGCAGUUGACACCAGCGUGUGGCCUCUAUCAAAGAUGCUUUUAGCUUCCAUAUGGGUUUAAACCUGGGUCUCUUGUCAUCCCAUAAAUGCAAAAUCACUAUUCACUCUAAAUAAAGAAUAUUUAUUUUUUA